GUCCAAGGUAGCUCUUUGGUCAGUCUACAGCAAGAUGUUCCUCCGAGUGAACGCAAUUCUGAUUGCCGUUGGCCUGUUCCUGCUGGCCAGCCCCGGUGGGGCAGCACCGGAGUGCCUGCGUGGCCCGGAGCAGUGCCGGGAGCGUGCUAUGCAUCCGGAUCUUCCGGAGACGGACGCGAAGGUGCGUGCCAUGCGCAAGGUGGAUGGUGAGGAGACGAACGCCUAUUGGCGCGAGCAGGGCGUGGAGUUCAUCAAGAAGCAACUGGCCACAGAGCCGAACAAGCGUCAGGCCAAGAAUGUGAUCCUCUUCAUUGGCGAUGGCAUGGGCAUAACGACAACCUCUGCGUCCCGCAACCUAAUCGGGGGCGAGGAGAAGGCCCUCUCCUUCGAGAACUUCCCUUACACGGGCCUCUCGAAGACCUACUCCGUGGACAAGAUUGUGCCCGACUCAGCGUGCACGGCCACUGCUUACUUGUGCGGCGUCAAGGCCCAGGAGGGCACCAUUGGCGUCAAUGGAGUGGUGCCACGCACCAACUGCACGGCCAUGCUGGACGAGAGCACGCACGUCGACUCGAUCGCCAAGUGGGCCAUCGAUGCGGGCAAGUGGGCGGGUCUGGUGACCACCACCCGUGUGACCCAUGCCUCUCCCUCCGGCGUUUACGCCCACAUUGCCGAGCGGGACUGGGAGAACGAUGCGGAGGUGUUCGCCGACUGCGGCGCCGACUCGGGAGUCCAGGACAUUGCCUACCAGCUGGCACGCGGCGCAGUGGGCAGCAAGCUGAAGGUGAUCCUUGGUGGCGGACGCAAGAACUUUGUGGACUCCACUCUGGCGGAGGAAGGCAAGCGGACGGAUGGCCUCGACCUGAUUGAGGAGUUCAAGGCGGCCAAUGCCAAGAACGUCUUUGUGGACACCGUGGACGAUCUGAUGGCCGUGGAUGUGGCCAACACAGAGCGUCUGCUGGGGCUCUUCAACUAUGAUCACAUUCAGUACCGCAUGGAGACGGCGGAGGACAGUCCCCAGCCCUCGCUGGAGCAGAUGACGCGCAAGGCCAUCGAGUACAUGAGUCAGAGCGAGCAGGGCUACUUCCUGUUCAUCGAGGGCGGUCGCAUCGAUCAGGCCCAUCACAAGAACAUGGCGCGCAUGGCGCUCAACGAGACCAUUGAGUUCUCCAAAGCGAUUGCCGCCGCCCAGGAGCUGACCAGCGAGGAGGACACCCUGCUGGUGGUCACAGCGGAUCACUCGCAUGUCUUUAGCUACGCAGGCUAUGGGAACCGCGGCUCGGAUAUCUUCGGCAAGGCACCCGUGAACGGCACCGAUGACACACCCUACAUGAUCUUGAGCUAUGCCAACGGCCCCAGCUAUGGAAAGUUCUACGACACGGAGACGAAGGAGCGCAAGGAUCCCACCACUGUGGUGACGGGCGCCCACGACGACCAAUUCCCCUCGGGCGUGCCCAUGUACGACGAUUCGCACGGCGGCGAUGAUGUGGCCGUCUAUGCUGUGGGUCCCUGGUCGCAUCUGUUCACAGGCGUCUACGAGCAGAGCACCAUCCCCCAUCUGAUGGCUUAUGCCUCCUGCCUGGGCGAGGGACACACCAUGUGCAGCACGUAGCAGGGAUGGAAGAGGGAGAGGGAGAGGGAUGCCAUGCCGCCUGGUCAUAACAAUUAAGUUUGAAGCUCAUUAAAUCCAGCGAACGGCAUUUGCAUUCGCAUGCGCCUGCA